GUGAAGCUAAGUAAUGCCGCCUUGUCUUGAAGAUCAGAAAUAAAAGCAAGUUCAACGGCAUUUUAUGGAGUGACCAAAGUGAAACAUUAACAAGGCCCGGAGAGAGAGAGAGCCAGGAGCGCUUUUCGGGAUUCCUCUUCAGCCAGAGCCAAGCUAGGAUCACCUGGAGCGUGGGACAGAGCAGACAUGGCUGAGGACGGCACAGAGCAAACGGCCAAGGGAAAAACAGGAGACGAUGCCCCCAAAGGAGCUUGCACUUUGCAGAAAAAAUCCCCGAAACUCUGCGGCACCAACUACCCGCUAAGCAUCGCCUUCAUCGUGGUGACCGAGUUCUGCGAGCGCUUCUCCUACUAUGGCAUGAAAGCUGUCCUGACAUUGUAUUUUCUCAAUUUCCUGCACUGGGACGAGAACCUGUCCACCUCUCUGUACCAUGCCUUCUCAGGGCUGUGUUACUUCACCCCCGUCAUUGGAGCAAUCAUAGCUGACUCCUGGCUGGGAAAAUUCAAGACAAUCAUCUGCCUGUCCAUUGUUUAUGUGACUGGCCAUGUGAUCAAGUCAGUCGGUGCAAUACCAGUUGUGGGGGACCAGGUUCUUCAUGUGGUCCUGUCCAUGGUUGGCCUGUCUUUGAUUGCUCUUGGAACAGGAGGUAUCAAGCCCUGUGUAUCGGCAUUGGGCGGGGACCAGUUUGAAGAAGAACAUGCCUCGGAGAGGAGCAAGUUUUUUUCAGUCUUCUAUCUAUCUAUUAAUGCUGGAAGUUUGAUCUCCACGUUUGUUACUCCUGUAUUAAGAGGGGACGUGAAAUGUUUCGGAGGAGACUGCUUUGCCUUGGCUUUUGGUGUCCCAGCAGUGCUCAUGGUUUUAGCCUUGGUCAUAUUUAUUUCCGGAAGUGGAUUGUACAAGAAGACGCCCCCCCAGGGAAACAUCCUGCUCCAAGUUUGUCAGUGCGUUGGGUUUGCCAUUAAGAACCGGGUGAAAAACCGCUCCGGUCUAAUUCCGAAGCGGGAACACUGGCUCAACUGGGCAUCAGAGAAAUACUCAAAACAACUGAUCACAGAGGUUAAAAUGGUGACACGCGUCCUCUUCCUGUUCAUCCCACUGCCGAUGUUCUGGGCCCUGUUUGAUCAACAGGGGUCCAGGUGGACACUGCAAGCAACAAAAAUGGAUGCCGACUUUGCAGGACUUAUCCUUAAACCUGACCAAAUGCAGUUUCUAAAUUCACUUCUGAUUCUUAUCUUCAUCCCCAUUUUUGACCUUGGGCUCUACCCCCUGUUAAAUAUGUGCCGAUUCAAUUUUACGCCUAUUAAAAAAAUGGCAACAGGUAUGAUCCUUGCAGCUCUGGCAUUUGCAGCCGCAGCCAUCAUCGAAGUCAAAAUUAAUGAGCAUGACAUGCCCAAACCUGUUCCAAAAGGAAGUUUCCUUCAAGUCCUGAAUCUGGCAGACAACAGAGUUCAAGUGACAGUCCAAGACCAAGACCUCUUUCAGCAGCCCAUCGAGACUUUUCAGGAUCCAGCUGAGUAUUCAAAAUUAAUAUUGAGCGGCCAGCAGCAAACCCUUCGCUUUAACCUGCAAGAGACUCCUGGAUCGGCCUCUGCUUUUAACCACACCGUGCAGGAGAAAUCCGUGUACAGCUUAAUUGUUUACAAAGCAGGAGGAAGCAUAUCAAGCCGCUUAAUCACAGACAUGCAAUCGAAACCAGUCAAGGGAAUGGCAGCUGUCAGAUUCAUUAAUGCAUUGGACCAAAAUGUCAACAUCACCUUGGGCAGCCAGGAGGUCAUCAGCGUUAACAAAAGUUACGGCGUUUCGGGUUACACGACGUUAGAGAGGGGAACCUACAAUAAGAGAAAAUGCCGAACCGAAACAGGGGAAUUCAGCCUGGACCUAGGGCUGCUUGACUUCGGCGCGUCGUACACCGUUGUGAUAACCAACGCGUCUGGAAACACUCUCCGCAUGUGGAAGUCAGAAGAUAUCAAAGCCAAUCAUAUUCAUCUGGCUUGGCAGUUGCCGCAGUACAUGUUGAUAUCAGCUGGAGAAGUGAUGUUCUCCAUUACAGGCCUGGCAUUCUCUUAUUCUCAGGCUCCUGUCAGCAUGAAGUCCGUGCUCCAGGCAAGCUGGCUGCUAACCGUGGCCUUUGGAAAUGUCAUCGUGAUUAUUGUGGCCCAGGCUGCACCGCUGGAGCAGUGGGCUGAGUUUGUCCUGUUUUCUGGCCUCCUCUUUGCCGUGUGCGUCGUCUUCUCCAUCAUGGGCUAUUUCUACUGGGCUGAGUUUGUCCUGUUUUCUGGCCUCCUCUUUGCCGUGUGCGUCGUCUUCUCCAUCAUGGGCUAUUUCUAUGUCAGCGUGGAUCCCGAAGACCUGAAAGAAAAAGAAGAGAAGGAAGAGACGCCAAGUAACAUGAUUAGCCUUGUUCCCAAGAAAGCAAAGGUAUAA